UGUAGCCUGAAUGUGACUGGUGAGCAGCGCCCAAGACGCCUCUGUGGGGCAGAUGUCUCUUCACUGUGUCCUUCCUUGAGGUCUAAUCUAAGGAGAACUGAUGUUGGGCAAGAAGUGAAAUACAUAUUGAGCAAGAUUCCAGAGUUCAUCUAAGAGGGAAGUCUUAAAAAAAAAAAAGAAGAAGAAGAGGAAGAAGAAGAGGAAGAAGAAGAGGAAGAGGAAGAAGAGGUUCAAGAUUUGGAAGGUUUGGAAGCCCUCACUCACUGAUAGCUGCCAGUACCUUGGAUUCCUUUGUGACUCCUCACAUCUAGAAAGUCCUCUCAUGUUUUCUGGAGUGGCAUAGUCCUGUACUGCCUCAGGGAAGAGGCUCUCAGUGGUGUUGGUUUCAUGCCACAGAAAGACCAUGGCAAGUUCCAGAGGUACCUCUCGUUCUCCUCGGGACAUCGCCAAUGUGAUGCAGAGGCUGCAAGAUGAGCAAGAAAUUGUACAAAAGCGUACUUUCACAAAAUGGAUCAACUCUCAUCUGGCCAAGCGGAAGCCCCCUAUGGUGGUGGAUGAUCUUUUUGAAGACAUGAAAGAUGGUGUCAAACUGCUGGCUCUCCUAGAGGUCCUGUCUGGUCAGAAACUGCCUUGUGAACAAGGACGUCGUAUGAAGCGAAUCCAUGCGGUGGCAAACAUCGGCACUGCACUCAAGUUUCUGGAAGGAAGAAAGUCCAUGUACAGAGGAUCACCGAUUAAACUAGUCAACAUUAACUCCACUGAUAUAGCUGAUGGCCGACCAUCAAUAGUUCUUGGAUUGGUGUGGACCAUUAUUCUAUAUUUCCAGAUUGAAGAGUUGACCAGCAACCUGCCACAGCUACAGUCUCUGUCCAGCAGUGCCUCUUCUGUGGACAGCAUCGUCAGCUCUGAGACCGCCAGCCCACCAAGCAAGCGCAAGGUGGCCACCAAGAUCCAAGGAAAUGCCAAGAAAGCGCUAUUAAAAUGGGUGCAGUACACAGCAGGCAAGCAGAUGGGAAUAGAAGUGAAAGAUUUUGGGCGAAGUUGGAGAAGUGGAGUUGCCUUCCAUUCCGUUAUCCAUGCGAUCCGACCUGAGUUGGUGGACUUGGAGAAGGUGAAAGGCAGAUCUAACAGAGAAAAUCUGGAAGAUGCUUUCACUAUUGCUGAAACACAACUGGGCAUUCCAAGACUGCUGGAUCCUGAAGAUGUUGAUGUGGAUAAACCAGAUGAGAAGUCCAUUAUGACUUAUGUGGCCCAGUUUCUGAAACAUUAUCCUGACGUCCACAAUGCAGGCAGUGAUGGGCUAGAGAAUGAUGAAAUACUUCCAGUUUUCCCAUCUUUUGCAAUUUCUAUCCAAAGUUUUAAGAGAGAAGACAGACUAAUUUUGAAGGAAAUGAAAGUUUGGAUAGAACAAUUUGAAAGAGAUUUGACGAGGGCACAGAUGACAGAAUCAAAUAUGCAGGAUAAGUAUCAGUCAUUUAAACACUUCAGAGUCCAAUAUGAAAUAAAAAGGAAACAGAUUGAACAUUUAAUUCAACCAUUACACAGAGAUGGUAAAUUGUCACUUGACCAAGCAUUGGUAAAACAAUCCUGGGACAGAGUGUCCUCCAGGCUCUUUGAUUGGCAUAUACAGCUUGAUAAAUCUCUUCCUGCGCCUCUGGGCACUAUAGGUGCCUGGCUGUACAGGGCAGAGGUGGCCCUGAGAGAGGAAAUAACCAUUCAGCAAGUCCAUGAGGAAACAGCAAACACAAUACAACGGAAACUGGAGCAACAUAAGGAUCUGCUUCAAAACACAGAUGCCCACAAAAGAGCAUUCCAUGAAAUCUAUCGGACCAGGUCUGUCAACGGGAUCCCAGUGCCACCUGAUCAAUUAGAGGACAUGGCCGAGAGGUUUCACUUUGUUUCCUCCACAUCAGAGCUGCACUUAAUGAAAAUGGAAUUUCUAGAAUUAAAGUACCGUCUGCUCUCACUGCUGGUUCUUGCAGAGUCAAAGCUAAAGUCUUGGAUCAUCAAGUACGGGAGACGAGAGUCAGUGGAGCUGCUUCUACAAAACUACAUCGUAAGUCCCUGCUGCUUUAAAAGAGAAACCAGGGGACUCAUAGAGUUAGCAUUUAACACUUGCUAGUUUAAUUGACAUGAU